CAAAAGUCCUCAGCUCAGCAUCUUCAAACAUCAACUUGACUUGAACUCUACUUAAGAAAAUCAAACCAACCACUCAAAGAAGGAUGAUACUCAACCCACGAGCUUGUUCAAAAGUCUUCAGUCGCCAGUCGAUUGAACAGACUCGACAAUUUAUCACCAGUACUAGAAUCAAUAGCCCCUACGAUCUUUCUAUUCCGAAUCUCAGAAUCCACAAGAACACAAAGGUCAUAUGUCAAGGUUUUACUGGAAAGACAGCUACAUAUCAUUGUAAAGAAGCGCUUGAUUACGGUACCAAGUUCGUGGGUGGUGUGUCUCCCAAGAAAGCUGGUCAACAUCAUCUGGGACUUCCUGUUUUUGGAAGUGUUAAAGAUGCUGUGCGAGAAACUAGACCCGACGCAACAGUAAUCUACGUACCACCGCCUUUUGCGGCAGAUGCAGUGAUUGAAGCAGUGGAGAAUGAGAUUGGCUUGAUUGUAUGCAUCACCGAGGGGAUCCCUCAGCAGGAUGAAGUCAGGAUCGCACAAGUGUUGAAGAGCCAGAGCAAGUCAAGACUUGUGGGCCCUAACUGUCCUGGAAUUAUGUCGCCUGAUGUUGGUGGUGGAUGCAAGAUUGGUAUCAUGCCUUCUAACAUCUUCUCACCUGGAUGUAUAGGUGUUGUUUCCCGAUCUGGUACUCUCACUUAUGAGGCUGUUGACCAGACUACCAAGGUGGGACUCGGUCAGACGCUUUGUGUAGGGAUCGGAGGUGACCCAUUCCCAGGAACUCAGCAUAUUGAUGUUCUAAAAGCGUUCAUGGAAGACGAUGCUACAAAGGGUAUCGUGUUGAUUGGAGAAAUCGGAGGCUCGAUGGAGGAAGAGGCAGCUGAGUUCUUGAAACAGUACAACAAGACACGAUCAGUACCAAAACCAGUGAUCAGCUUUAUUGCAGGCCGAACUGCACCUCCGGGUCGUAGAAUGGGUCAUGCAGGUGCUAUCAUUAGUGGUGGAAAGGGUAAAGCAGAGGAUAAAGUAAAGGCAUUGGAAGAAGCUGGUGCAGUCGUCAGUGACUCGCCAGCCAAACUCGGAGCUUUGAUGUUGAAAGCAAUGAAAGCUGCGAAUUUAGCUUGAUGUGUCUUGGAUAGGGAUGUCAGUGGCUUCGGAAGGUGGACGAACCAAAGAUUUGUACAAAGAUAUUAGAAAGACAUGUUUGAGAGAAUUCAUUUCCAAGAACCAUCAUGGAGUUUUACCGAUCAAGCGUUGUUGGCUGACUUGAUGAGUCAGCUCCUGCUUGAAUGUCGUAAUAGAUGCGUAAUACAGACUUGAAGCAUUUUGAUAGCGACUUUAACAGAACUAUAAAUCUCCGACUUAUGCAUCUGUUGUAAUCAGGCAUAUGCAAUUUUUGACUGGGCAGAACUUGUUAUAUUCGGCCAUGUGGUUCAACUUUCUGCUUAAAUCCUUGAAUACGAUUGUGUCAAAUUUACAGUC